AUGGCUGCUGUCGCAACGCAGCCAACGCCCAUUGCAGCCGGUGGGACAGCAGACGCUGCGGCGGCGAACAUGGAACCGCACAAUGGAGGGGGAGCCGGCCACGAGAGUGCGGGGCUGGCUGACAUCGCGAACACGGCCAACAAUACACAGCAGCCGCCGGUGCAGCACGCACGGCUGCAGCCCCAGGACUUCAGGGUCGUGCGGACAUUAGGGACAGGCACCUUUGCGCGCGUCUGUCUCGUGCGCCCGGCGAAUUCGCCCGAAGACAGCGAGGAGGUCUACGCCCUCAAGAUCCUGCGCAAGACCGAAGUCAUCAAGCUCAAGCAGAUCGACCAUGUGCGCCACGAACGCGAAAUCCUGGCCGACGUCGCGGGCCACCCCUUCAUCACCCGCCUCAUCGCCUCCUUCGCCGACCAGGACUCGUUAUACAUGGUUCUGGACUAUGUGCCGGGGGGCGAGCUCUUCAGCUAUCUGCGGCGGCACAGGCGGUUUGCCGAGGAGUGGGCGCAGUUCUACGCCGCCGAGAUCGUCCUCGUCCUCGAGUACCUGCAUGAGCAGCAGGGCGGCGUCGCUUACCGAGACCUCAAACCCGAGAACCUGCUCCUAGAUGCGCAGGGCCACGUCAAACUGGUCGACUUUGGCUUUGCCAAACGCCUGGGCAGCAAAGACGACAAGCCCGUCGAGACUUACACCCUGUGCGGCACACCCGAGUACCUCGCCCCUGAGGUCAUUCAAAACAAGGGCCAUACCACGGCUGUGGACUGGUGGGCACUAGGUAUUCUGAUAUAUGAAUUCCUAACUGGAUAUCCCCCGUUCUGGCACCAAAAUCCCAUUGAAAUUUAUAAACAAAUUGUUGAGAAGCCGGUCAUGUUCCCGGCGGAACCAACCAUUUCCCACAACGCUCAGCAUAUCAUUCGUUCGUUUUGUACGGUGGAUCGUUCCCGCCGGCUGGGCAAUAUCAGCGGCGGAUCUACCGCCGUCAAACAGCACCCGUUCUUUGAGAACAUCGACUGGGAGGCUCUGUACCACCGGCAGAUCCGCCCGCCCAUUCAACCACAUGUUCGCUUCCCGGGCGACGCGCAAUGUUUCGACGUUUACCCCGAAGACGACGGAAAGCGAGACCCGUACACUGACGAUCUUGCCAGCAAGUACGACAAGUACUUUGAGGGUUUCUAG